CUGUUCGCCGGCCCUCUGGAGCUCCCACCCACCCCCGAUCCGCCCUCGAUCUGAAUGACACCCGUGCCCACCCCCGACCCCUGUUCCCCAGCCAGAAAAUGAGCAUCUCACUACCUUACCGACCGGCUGACGAUACGGCGCUUUCGCUUGCGGCCACCACCAGUCCGUCCAAGUCCAAUGGCCUUCCCCACUUAUCUCCCUCGCCUUCCAUCAUCCACCGGCGCACCCCAAGUAGCUCGGGAAACUCGGCGCGCCGCCGCUCGCUGGGCAAUGGCGCUGCGGCCAUGUACCCCAAGCCGCGGCGAUGCAAGUCGCAGUAUCCCCGGGACUCCUCCGAGCGACAUGUCGAAUAUAUUCUCGUGGCUUCCUUUCACAUUGACCGCGGCCCGAUCAUGGAACAUCAGUAUCCUGCCGCCAUUAGUGGCGACGAGAGUAUGCUGGCGGAGCUGAUGCUUCCCGAUCAAACACACGUUCGAAGUCAGGACUGGACGAUCUUCUUCCUGCACAAAGACACCAGCGCCGAUGCUGACGACGACGACGACGCCUCAAGUACCGGCAAGAAAAAGAAGAAGAAGAAAAAGUCCCGGGCGACGGAUGUGGAGAGCGGUGAUGGGGAUAGCGAGGAUGCCGGUGGGUCGACCGAAGAGGAGAGCAGCGACGAAGAAGAGGGUGGCGAGGGGCCACCCUUGAUGUAUGUGCUCAACCUUGUAAAUACGAAACAAGAUAAUACCGUCAAGCGCGGCGCCGUGGUCAAAGCCAUGGCGAUCUGUACACGGCAUUCUUUUCUGCAUAUAUAUAAACCUUUGCUUCUCCUCGCCCUGGAGGAUUACUUCAAGAAUCCGUAUCCGGAGACACUCGCCUCGCUCUACCACGCUGUGAACUCGAUGGACCUGUCCCUGAUGCCGAGGCUAUCUCUGUUGGAGCGACUGAUCUUGCAGGCGAGCAACUCCAAGGACAUGUUUAUCGAAAAGUUCGAGCAGAUGAUCCAUCAGCGACAGGCUGAAGAGGGUGGGCCAUUUGAUGAUGAGUGCCCACCAUCACCCAGGAGGCCCGCGCCCCCUCGGCACACGCUACCUCGGGAUACGCACGAAUUCGAGUCCAAGAUCGUCUACAAUGACAUACCCAUUCCCGUGAAGGUGCCGACGGUGAUUUGGCCAGAGAUUGUGGGCGACUUCUCCCUCAUCAAGCUGAUCCAGAUCUUUGCCGGUCCACAUGCGACCUCGCCGCAGCCCUUCCCUGUCCACCCUCAUCUCACCACCAGCGGGCCCUUUACCCAUCCCAUUAUUGUUCUCAUCAAUGCGAUGUUGACGCAGAAGCGCGUGAUAUUCUUGGGCCACAACCGCCCUUCGGGAGAAGUGGCGGAGGCGGUGUUGGCGGCGUGUGCUCUCGCAUCGGGCGGUGUCUUGCGCGGAUUCACCCGGCACGCGUUCCCCUACACCGAUCUGACGAAGAUCGAUGACCUUCUUCGAGUUCCUGGAUUCAUUGCGGGUGUGACGAAUCCGACAUUUGCGAAUCACCCUGAGUGGUGGGACGUGCUCUGCGAUCUGCCUACGGGGCGGAUGAAAAUCAGCAGCCACAUCGAGCCGGCCCCGGUCACGGAAGGAUUCUUAUAUUUCCAGCAGCAGGCUGCCAUGCACCAUCACGCUCCGGCGAAUGCGAACACUGAUCCCAGUGGGGACAAUGUCUUCAUGGAAGAGGUUCAGCGCAGCAUCACUAACCGAUAUGGCGAGAACGCCAUCCGGGCGAAGUGCCGCGCCUACAUCAUGAAGUUCGCCCGAGUCGCUGCCGCCUUUGAAGAGACCGUCUAUGGGGCCUCCAACUUGUAUGUCAUCGGGCCCAACGAAGAGCUAUCGCCUGAGAGCCCGAGCGGGCUCCAGGCGGAUCCCCUCGAUCCGACGACGCUGCGCGGACACGGGUAUGUCUGGCCGGACGAGGGAGCCAAGCAACGCGAACUGCUGGCCUCGGUGUCGCGGAUCGAAGGGUGGCGGACGACGCGGUCAUACUACUCCUUCAUUCAGGACAUUGCGGCCAUGUACUACCCCUCCCGGCCGAUCCAGAAGCCGGACUUGGCCCACCACCAUGACCGACUGCGGGCGCUGCGGCUGCCGCCCGCUGAUGCAGGGGCGAUUUACAUUGCGUUUGCACACGCGGUCAAAGACUACGCUGGCAUCUGUCAACUUCUGACCGUGACCCCCGAGAACCAAGCGGGACUCUUCUACCUCAGCAUGGGCUUGUUCCACCCGCACCAGCCGGUCCGCGAGGCGACGGUCGAGCUCCUAGAACGGAUUGCGGCGCAUCCGGCCGGACGACACUUUUGGGCGCAGCUCAACCGGUUUGCCAAGCUGGCCUUUUUCCGCAUCAAGCGCGAGCGGGAUGCGCAAAGCCCGGCGUCGGGGACAGCGCCGGAGAGCUUUGGGCCGCAAAGCUUGGUGGGUGUGGCGAUGGGCGAUACCUUCCGACGCAGUUAACACCAUCUCGACCA